AUGGCCUUAAUUAUGAAAUGCAUCGACAGCAUUAACAGAUAUAUGGACUCACAUGGUGAUUCAAGGACGAAGGAUUGGCCCAUGAUGUCAUCACCUUUUCCCACACUGGCCGCUUGCCUCACAUAUGUCUACCUUGUCAAGGUGCUGGGCCCGCGAUUAAUGGAGAAUCGAAAGCCGCUGAAUCUACAGAAUACGCUUGUUGCCUAUAAUGCGAUACAGGUGGUAUUUAGCGCGUGGCUGUUUUAUGAGAUAGGCGUUUCCGGUUGGCUAACAGGACAUUAUAGCUUUCGAUGCCAGCCAGUUGACUAUAGUAAUAAUCCUAGAACCUUAAGGAUGGUCCAUGCGUGCUGGUGGUAUUACUUCUCCAAAUUCACAGAGUUCAUGGACACGAUUUUCUUCGUCUUGCGCAAGAAGACCAGCCAGGUAACAACUCUGCACGUCAUACACCACGGCUGCAUGCCAAUGUCGGUGUGGUUUGGUGUUAAAUUCACGCCAGGUGGACACAGCACUUUCUUUGGCCUGCUCAAUACAUUCGUACACAUUGUCAUGUACACCUAUUAUAUGUUCUCGGCCAUGGGCCCACAGUACCAGAAAUAUCUGUGGUGGAAGAAGUACCUGACCACGCUCCAAAUGGUUCAAUUCAUUUUGAUCAUGGUGCAUGCCUUCCAAUUGCUCUUCAUUGACUGCAAUUACCCGAAGGCGUUCGUCUGGUGGAUCGGCAUGCAUGCCGUCAUGUUCUUUUUCCUCUUCAACGAGUUCUACAAAGCAGCCUACAAGAAUCGCCGCAACAAAGCCAAGGCGGCGCUCAUCGCCAAUGGUCUGGCCCUUUCCAAUGGCUUUUGCAAGAGCAUCACAGCGCACGAUGAUCUCGCCAUGCCACAACCCGUGCCACAGGAGGCAGCAACAACGGCGGCAGCAAAAACGAAGUCUGCUACCAAUGGUGCCGCCAAUGGCCAUGUGAAUGGCCUGAAGAACGGCUAUAAACAAUUGGCCAACGGCAAUGCCGCCGCUAAUGGCAACGCGCACAAAACGAACGGCGUGCUGCUGACGAAUGGAUACGGGAAUGGACAUGCCACCAAGCUGCUGGACGAUGUGGCACAGGAGCUGACGCAGCGGAAGAUACAGAAAUAAUAUCGGGGCAAAGCGGGGCGACGCCACAUUCAGCUUAGGACAUAGAAGUUGUAGCGAUAAGUGGAGCGCCACAAGUUUAGUCGAGCUCUAAAGUCAUGAACACACAAUAAAUCCACCACACCCCACACCACACCACACCACACCACCACAUACGAGGGCACACUCUCGCACUCUCUUAUACAGAGUGCAGAGUUGCAUUCACAUCCAUACAAGCGAAUACAAAUUCACUCGCACACACAUACACACACGUACAUUUUGGAAAUUGUAUUGACAUUCAAAUAACUUUUAGUUAAAAAACAAAAGAAAACCAACAAACAAGAAAAACAAAAAUUAUUACUAAAGCGUAAAGUAAUUGUAUAAUUUAAAAAAAUUGAUGAUACAAAUGUUAAGUAAAGAGCAAAGUAAGCGCCUAAGCGUCAACUAAACUAAGGGGCAUAUUGUUACUGAUAAAUAUUUUUUGCAGCAAGCGGUCUAUAAAGUUCGUACAUACAAAUAUACAUAAAGAGAACUAAAGCAAUUGCUAUAUAUACAUACAUACACACAUUACGUAUAUAUAUAUAUAUAUAUAUAUAUAUAUAUAUAUAUACAUACAUACUACAUAUAUAAAUUGUCCGUUCAUUUUCGUUGCUUUUUCUUUUUAUCUACUUUAGUUGUACAAAGCGUAAAACUUUUAAGGCGAAUUGUAAAAAAACACAACAAAAAAAGAAACAAAACAGAAACACAAACAAAAACAAUAAGCAAGCGUAAGCAGUUUAUAAACUAAAGUAAUGAUUAUUAUCUUUAAUUGUGUGUGAACAUGGAAAUAAACUAUUUAAGACUAGAAUUUAAUUUAUAUAACAAGAAAUAUAAUAAAUUACAAAUAUAUACAAAAAUUCGAUGGCGCACUGAGGGGUCACAAAAGUUUUGUAAAUGUAUAAAGCAAAAAAAAUUAAAACAAAAAAAAAUAAAUAAAAAUCAAAUAAAAUAAUGAAUAA